AGUUUUACCCCUUCACCGCUGGGUACCCCACCCAUUCCCUAAAAUAUAAAAUCCACCCCCAAACUCCCGCGCCAAUGCAAAUCCACACAAACUCUUAGCUUCUCUCUCUCUCUCUCCUCUGUUUCUCUCACAAGUCACACCCUCUUCGCUUCUCUCCUCUUUCGCUUCUUUUCCCUUUCAUCUCUCUCUCGGUGCUACAUCGUCCUAUUUCCGUUUGGUUUUUCUUCUAGAUCAUUCCGAUUCCUGUACGAAAUCCCCGAACCCUAUAAAGGAAACAUUGUCCAAUUAGAGAACCAUUUUGUGCUUUCUCUCCCUUCCUCCCUUCCUCUCUUGCUCUGCUUAUUACUUCUUCUCUCAAUCCGUCUGCGUUGCAGAAAAAGGACAAGAAGAAAGAAGACCACCAAGAGAAACCACAUUCUUCCUUACUUCUCUCGUCUCUCUCUCUCUCCGCCUGGUGCGUACGGGGUUACUGUGUUUCGUCAAUGGCGGUUCCUUCGACCGUCCCUGCGCCUGCUUCGCUUUACAUCGGGGACCUUCACCCUGACCUCACUGAUGGACAACUCUUCGAUGCCUUCUCUACGAUCGAGAACCUUGCAUCCGUCCGGGUUUGUAGAGAUUCCAUGUCUGGGAAAUCUCUCGGCUACGGUUAUGCCAACUUUAUCACUACCCAAGACGCAACUCGUGCCAUGGAGAAACUGAAUCACACCCUGCUGAAUGGGAAACCGAUUAGAAUUAUGUGGUCGCAUCGAGAUCCGGAUGCAAGAAAGAAUGGGAUUGGGAAUUUGUUUGUGAAGAAUCUGAAUGAUUCUAUCGAUAAUGUGAAAUUUCAUGAGAUGUUCUCGAAGUUUGGAAACAUAUUAUCCUGCAAAGUUGCGAUGUCUUUGGAUGGGAAGAGCAAAGGAUAUGGGUUUGUACAGUUCGAGUCUGAAGUAUCUUCCAAUGCUGCUGUUGAGAAUCUUAACGGCUCCAUUAUUGGUGGCAAACCAAUAUAUGUUGGUAAUUUUGUAAAAAAGAGUGAGCGGGUUUUACCCAGCCCUGAUGCAAAGUUCACCAAUCUGUACAUGAAGAAUCUGGAUCCAGAUAUCACAGAAGAAUUUCUGCAUGAAAAGUUCUCUGAUUUUGGAAAAAUUACUAAUUUGGUCAUCUCGAAAGAUAACAAUGGGAACUCAAGGGGUUUUGGAUUUGUGAACUUUGAUAACCCUGAUGAUGCUAAACAGGCAAUGGGGGCAAUGAAUGGAACACAACUUGGCUCAAAGGCUUUAUAUGUAGCACGGGCACAAAAGAAAGCGGAGCGGGAGCAAAUAUUGCAUCAUCAAUUUGAUGAGAUACGAAAGGAGAAAAUCCAGAAAUAUAAGGGUUCAAAUGUAUAUGUCAAAAACAUUGCUGAUGAUGUUGAUGAUGAUGACCUGCGAGAACACUUUAGUCAGUGUGGAACAAUAACCUCUACUAAGCUAAUGCGUGAUGAUAAAGGAAUUAGUAAGGGAUUUGGGUUUGUAUGCUUCUCAACUCCAGAAGAAGCGAACAAGGCUGUGAAUACUCUUCAUGGAUGCAUGUUUCACCAGAAGCCAUUAUAUGUGGCUAUUGCCCAAAGGAAGGAGGAUAGGCAAGCACAAUUGGAAUUUCAAUAUGCCCAGCGUUUUGUGGGAUUAGCAGGUCCCUCAACUGCAGUUAUUCCUGCUGGUUAUCCUCAUCUUUACUACACACCUCCUUCUGGUGCUGUUUCACAAAUUCCUCCAAGGCCCCUUAUGUAUCAACCUUUGACUUUGAGACCAGGGUGGAGGGCCAAUGGAUAUGCAUCUCCAACCAGACCAGCUUUUCAACCCAUGCCAUUACCUGUGAUUCCUAAUACUCCAAGACAGCAUAGACAAAAUAGGAGCAGGAUGAAUGGACAUAUGCUUCCGCAGGGUGGUGGACAGAAUAUGCAAUUUGUACCACAUUUGCAAUCUACUCAAUCUGUGAACUCAUUGAAAGAUUCAAGCAAUCAGCAGCAGCGAGCUGGACAAGCCAAGUAUGUGCCAAAUGGGCGUCCUUAUGAGAUGAACAAUGGAUCUGCAGUCUCUUCAGCUGCUUCCAACUCUGUUGGAGGAGCAUCCCAAGGAUCAGAGAUGUUGAGUAGCAUGCUUGCUGCUGCUACUCCACAGCACCAGAAACAGAUACUUGGCGAACGCCUUUACCCCCUUGUCAAGAAACACAAGUAUGAUCUUGCAGCAAAAAUAACUGGGAUGCUUUUGGAGAUGGACAACUCUGAGCUACUUCUGUUAUUGGAAUCACCAGAGUCCUUGGCUGCUAAAGUCGAAGAAGCAGUACAGGUGCUCAAGCUAUCCAAGACCAAAGCAGCUGAACAAGGUGCCUUUCAUCCCAAUUUCUUGUCGUCUGAGGUUGCCGUUAACUAAGAGAGAUCCCCCCCCCCCCUCUUUGGAACUGGGGUUAUUCUAUGGUCUGUUGGAGCCUAGGAGUCCAUUUUUUGACGCUUAACAUUCAAUUCAUUCUGAGGCUUUUAUUUUUUGAUUUUCCCUCCUUCCAUUAGCGUAGAAUGUACCUUCCUAUGACACUUUUUUCUAUUUUUUUGGUUACUAAACUUUUGAAGAACACUUGGUUACUUUUUGACAGCUAGAGCACUAGUUAUACACCUUUGGACUUGCUUUUA